AUGAUCAUUUAUUUUCCAUGUAACAUUACUGAAUUUAUUUAAAAGUGCUAGUGCAUUAGAAAGAAAUUGAAAUGUGCCAAGUUUUUUUUUUGUUUUGUUUUUAUUGUUCAUUGAAAAAUCAUGGAUCAGCAAGAUUUGGAAACCAAGAGCCUUGUGGAAAAAAUGCCAAGUAAAGCUCAAGAGGAUGCUGUAAUCAACAUGAAGUCCAUACAGGAUAUCUCAAAACAGCUGGGCUUUGAGUGGCCAGUUCUCGCAUAUGAAUUGGGCUUUACAAGAACUGAAGUCAGGCAAUUUCAUGCUGCAUCGAUGGAGAAGAGGGAUCAGGCCAAGAGCAUGCUGGAAUCCUGGUAUGAAAGGUCUUGGGAUAAGCCUAAUAAGACUAAAGUGCUGCAGGAUGGACUGGAGCGUGCUGGCCGUAGAGACCUGGCUGAGAGAUUGCGGUGUCUUCACUGGGGCCACCAGAAGCUCAGCCGCAGAGUCGAGCUGCCCUCUGCCUUUCCUUUUCUCAUAACCGUCCACAAGACUAUAGAUAACAAGGAAGCCCUGAAAAGAAUUAACGAGCUGAAUCGCAGUUACAAUUAAUAUCAUAGCUGAGAAGGAACAAUAUACUGCAUACAAAAACUCUCAGGUGCUCUGGAUACUCCAACCAUGAUUUAUGUUUGGAGUAACCAGAAAUGGAUUUCUCUUGCAGAACAUGUUAAUGCAUGAAAAACAGUAUAUAUCUUGUUGUAUUUGAAGGACAUUAAUUAUAUUGUUUUCACACUGAUGUUCACUUUGCAUAGUUUUAAUGCUUUCAGAGCAUUUACAGCAUUAGUCUGUUGAAUUAAUACCUCUUGUAAUGUUUAACUAAAUGAAUAAAAAAAUAAAUAAAUGUAAGUCUAUUUCUUUGCUGGAUUGCAGGAUUGUGUUAGAUUUUAUAAAGCUCUGGCUUUAUAAAACGGUCACGUGACAGCAAUUCGAUUUGCACAUUUCCCACAAAAACCAUUGCAUGGAAAUGUUCAUGCGUAAGCCAUAUAAUUUAGCAAUGAAAAUGUAAUCAUUACUAAUAAAUAUAAUAUCUUUCCCAUGAAAUUGUUUCUAUAUACUAAUACACUAAACCCUAGAACAGCGGUUGGGCGUUGAGUCAACCAAACCCGAUGACCCGGUGCUCAGUGUGCAGCCAAUCAGCAAUCAGUGCCGUGUGCGCCCAUGUUCCCUGUGUUGCCAGGUGUCUCGUAUUCGGGUGUUUUUUUUUUUUGUUGUUUUUUUUUGUUUACGCAUGAAGGUUUUGAACAUUCUACAUUAAAUACGUCAUAUUAUUUAUACGUUAAGGCAUAGCAUUUAAACGAUAUUUAUGUAUUACUUUAAUCGCUUAACAUACGAUUAAAGUAUAGUAUAGUUGUUCGUAUAGAAAGAGUAAUACAUUCUUCUAAUCAAAUAACAAUAAUGCAAGAUCAUUACAGACAUUCGAUUCAUAUUAAUAGAAAAAUGACGUUGACUGAGUUUUUUUGUUUGUUUUAAUGGUACUUUAAAAAAAAGAAAAUCAGGCACGUACAGUACUGUGGAAAACCGUCGUCUCGGUUAGGUAUUAACGUUUCUUUUUGGACGGAUUAUUU